AGAACGUCCUAGUUACAGCGUCUCCUCGGAUCAUCUGACCUCUGACCAAAACGCCACCGACUGCCUACUACGCCGCCUCCACAUUACUGGGAUGCUCACAAUUUAGCAUGCUUCCAUUCCCAGAAGAUGGAUCUUAACUUAACCUGGCAACCUCAGUGACUUCAUGAGACUGGGAUUGUUUGUUCUCUGUGGUGAAUCAAUGGAAAACGGGAACUUGCUCCUGUGGAGUUGGAUGUCGUCUGCGGCGUGACCUGGGCAUUAGACACGGUUUCCACAUGAAGAAGCUUCACGGUUUGCAGAUCUUUUGACUUUUCUUUGAAGGCCACAAUGAAACGCUUAACGAAGCACAGAAAUUGAUGGUGGAAGGAUGAAGAAUGGGUCUAACUUUCAUGAUGGUAGGACUUUAUCAGGCACCACCUGCUGCCGAGGGCUGAUGACUUUCCAUGGUUGUUCUUGAGUUUCUGCAGUUUUCUACUGAAGCUCUGAUGAUUUCCUCUCAGAUUAAAAAAACCCAAAGAAGGUUUCUGAUGUUCUUCUUUGUCAUAAGUUCUGGAUUGUUGAGAUGCGAUGCAGCUUCAGAGACCCUCCCCUCAACAGCGAGACGAGAAGUUCCUUCCAGACUCCUGGUUCUACUGAAAGCAUCACGUCUGACACUGAAGGGAUGAAGAAGUUCUAAUCCAGAAACCAGCCGAUGGUCUACAGCUUCUCUGUGAAUCUUCUUCCUCCUGAAGGAUCAAGUCUAAAAUCUGCUUUAUUUUUCAUUUUGGUUUCCAGUGGAAGGAUCCGGAUCUUCUCGGAACGCCUCCGCUGUGGUUUGUUAGAACGUUUCUCAGCAAAAGAAUCUGCUGCUUUCAAGUGGAAAACGCCAGACGACAGACUCAGACACCAUGUGGAAAUGUUUGCAGCAGGUGAGUGAGGAGAGACCUACCGGGCGGAGAGGAGGUCAGCUGAGUCUGAGGAGCCGUGGACGGAGGAGGAGGUGUUGGAAGGAGCUCAGAUCCACUCCCUGCAGUGACAGGCAUGCGGGGGGGGGGCUGCAGUGCAGCUCUUUCCCCGAAAUGAAAACCACCCAUCUGAUCCGCUCUCCUCCAGCCUUUUGGGACUUUUUGAAUCUGCUGAUGGUUUUGGCGGAGCUGCAGUUUGUCCCCAAAUGUUUGGUUGCUUUCAUAACAGACAGAGGAAGCCGUUCCUGAAGAGAAAACAUUCAGGGCGAUGAAGGAGAAUCUUCAUCGACAGCUUCUAAAACUCCUUCAACUCUUACAAAAGCGCUCCUGAACGCUCCAUCUUUCCAGAUGUUUUUGUCAUAAAUGUUCUUAUAAAAAUGAAUUGUUCUUCUUAAAAGUUGUUAAAUUGAUCUUUGCAGACGAUUUAAUUUGAUUUAUUUUUUCGUGGAGUUGGUUUAUAAAACAGAAAACCCUAAAUACUUCCUAGUUUUGAGCAGAAUCUGGUGUUUUAGCAAAGCUCAAGCAACAAAAACAAUAAAAGAAUAGAAACGUUUAAAUAAAACCAUCAAAACUAUAAGGAGACAUAAGAAAGCACACAGUUUAUUUAAUUUGUUAACCCACUGAAGUCAGAUCCAAGUGUUUUCAGACAUUUUUCUUUUCUUGUAAGAGAACCAAAACAAUCCGCGCAGAGUGAUGACGUCACGGUGAUGUCUUUCAAAACCAAUUUUUUUCGCGCACAAAAAAUGUCCCCCCUUCUUUCACCGUCGCAGCGAUGCACUACCGCAUUAUUUAAAUGGUUAAAUAAUGAAUGUUAUUAAAGAAAAAAAAUUGUUGAAUUUUUUUCAUGAAGUAGCGAGUCCAUCAGUGUUUGAGAAUCUUUCCUUACAGUUUGUUUUCAUUAAAAUGUGAUAAAAUAAUAACCUGCUUCAAGUAAAUAACACAAUAGUCUAGAUUCAGUGAAUAUGUACAGCUGCCAAACUUAAAAAUUUUAAAUGAUAUUUAAUAAACAUGGGAAGUGUAAGAAAUAAAAAAUGCAUUUGAAUUGAGGAAGGAAUACUGUCCCUCCCUGCUUUCCGUAGCGUUCAAACAACAUGGCGUCACAUGAGAAAGCGGCUGACUUUGUUUCCACACGUUAUGACAUGUAUUCUCUUUUAAUGGAGACAUUUUAAGGCUGUCGGUCAUCCUGUGAAGUCUUUACGGUCAAUCUCCAGCGGGGGUUCGGUUAGGAGUGAAUGUUAUCCGCCCCGGUGGUUCGGUUGCUGACGCGGCCCGCAGAACCCGUCCUGUCUGGCCAUCAUCAUCCUCAUGAUGAUGAUGACGGAGGCGGAGGAGCUGCGUCCCGUCCCCCGAGAGCGGGCCAUCCUGGAGAGCUUCUUCACGCAGCUGGGAAUGCUGUCGUUCGACCGGGCCAAGGACUACGUGGAGAAGGAGAAGGACCUGAGCCGGAGCGCCGGGCCCAUGUGGGGCGCGCUGCUGGCGGCUCUGGCUCACCUGUCCGCCGCGGAGAAGGUUUACCACCACAUGACCUUCCUGGGACAGAAGAUCGGCGGUCAGUCCUUCUUCAGCCGCAAAGACUCCAUCCGCACCGUCUACACCUCCCUCUACAACGAGCUUAAGAAGGUGGUGACCAUGGGGCGCCACGGCCAGCCGGCCUCCUCCUCCUCUUCCUUGUCUUUGUCAUACCUGGAGGACCUGCUGUCUCACCUGUCCGAGCAGCUCUGCCACUUCACCCAAGCGCGCAUGGAAAUGGCCGACCUGUACGAGAAGCUGCACUCGCUGGGCAGCCAGAAAAGCGUCAACUCGGAGGAGCUGGUCGCCACGCUGGAGGUCAUCCUGCACAAGUACAGCUCCAAGUUUCAUCACCCCAUCCUGGGCCGAGUGGAGGAGAGCUUCCAGACGGAGGUGGACGUGGUGACGCAGCUGCUGCGCUGCCAGGCUCAGGUGUCGGAGUGGCGCUUCCUGCCCGCCCUGCUCAGCCUCCACGGCGCCCAGUCCAAGCUGGUGGCGUGGGGUCAGCUGUUCCAGCGGCAGAAAGAGACGCGUAAGCUCCUUUUCGGCGGCCAGUCGCAGAAGACUGCGCAGCCGCCUCACCUGUACACGUGGCUGCAGCGCUUCCAGGCGGCGCUGCUCGCCAAGUUCAGCUUCUACUUCCACGAAGCUCUGAGCCGCCAGACGACGCCGGCCGACAUGAGGGCGCUGACGGCCCGCACGGCGCCGGACUACCACGGGAAGAUCUGCGCCUUUAUCCGAAAACACGACGCCAGCAACGUUUCGCUUGUGUUUGACAACCGCGGCUCGGAGAGCUUCCAGGGUCACGGCUACCACCACCCGCACUCGUAUCGAGAGGCGCCGAAGGGCGUGGACCAGUUCCCCGCCAUCGUGUCGCUGCCGUCAGAGCAGCCGUCCACGCACUGGCCAAACGUCAUCAUGAUGAUGGGCGAUCACGCCGCGGAGCUCAACACUUUGGACAAGGUGGUGCACUUUUAUGACGACAAAGUCCAGAGCACGUACUACCUGACGCGGCCCGAGCCGCACUUCACGCUGGUGGUCAUCUUCGACGGCAGGAAGUCGGAGAAGGACGUGCAGAUCGCCGCUUUCCUGCAGGAGAUCAGCGGCUCUCUGAGGAACUCCAAACCCUUCAGCAGCCUCAAACCGGGGUCAAAGGGUUGAGCGCGGCGCCACCUGCUGGUCACAUGCAGACUUUCUUUUACUUUUAUCUUUUUUCCUAAACAGAAUUUUUUUUCUUGAAAGCUUUGAUCUGAAAAUGGUUUAAAUUUUUAACAGUUUUAAUUGUUUAUUUGUAAUAAAAACCAAAUGUUUAUUAAAGCUGUUUAAUUUUUUUA